AUGAGACUUUACAGAAAGAAUUUUCAAACACAAAAUAAGUUUGUAUUGGAGCUGUCAAUUCACGCUGUCUCAACGCACGAUCUUUUGAAGCCAAAGGAUGAGCCAACUUAUAGUUUGGCGGCAAACAACAUGUGUACGGUUACCCUGCCGCAAUCAGGAUCAUCGCCGUACGACGCUCGUCUCUGCCUUCAAGGUGGUCCUGACACAUCUGAUAAUUCUAUCAUAAAAAGCGAUGAGGAACUAUCAAGGGUAUAUCAGUCCCUGUCCUUGCCACCUAUUUCGAGGGACGACGCAACCAACUCAAAUAGCAGUGAUACAAAGAGCAAAGCAAAGACACCAACCCCGGCCAGUCCAGAAAACACUUCAGAAAUGAAACCUCAGUCCACGACGCCAACAUCGCAGGUUCUGACUAAGCCACCCUACUCCUACGUGGCUCUUAUCACAAUGGCUAUACAGAAUAGCCAGACCAAGCGUGCGACCCUAAGUGAGAUAUACGCUUACAUCACGAAAGAAUUCCCCUUCUUCGAAAAGAACAAGAAGGGCUGGCAAAAUUCUAUUCGACACAAUUUAAGUUUAAACGAAUGCUUCAUUAAAGUUCCAAGAGAAGGUGGAGGGGAACGAAAAGGCAAUUAUUGGAUUCUUAAUCCGCAAUGCGAGGAUAUGUUCGAGAACGGAAAUUUUAAGAGGCGGCGUAGGAUGAAGAGGCCCUUUCGAACUGCUCCCUAUCCCAAGCCGCUGUUUGGAGAUGGAUACGUGACGCACGUAGGGCAGCAUCCACACAUGCAGUCCAUCCCAUUAGGACACAGGAACUACUUCGGAUCGACCUCUCCAUAUCCACCGUCGUAUCCUCGUUAUGAUACGUCCUGGCUGACUCAGCCCACAGGGGGGCUGGGCUACUCCAGCAGCUGUGCCAUGGGUCGAAGCCCACCAGGCUGUUCCCCGCAUAGCGCACUAUCCCACCAGACGUCCCCAGUCAACCCCUUUGCAUCACACCAGAUUCAGGGACAGCUUCAAAGUCCGCUACAGUCAAUGCAGCCAAUGGCGAUGAAUAGUUACAACGCAAUAAAUGUGCCCUUAGACGGAUCUUCAAGCCCAGGCUCCGGUUACGCUGCCACUGGAGGCUUUUCGCCAAAUCGUCAUCACGACAUUGUGACGUCGUCAGAUGCAGUUUCGCGGUUCUCCUUCUGGCCUGAAGGAGGCUCUCCAAGUCCGAACGCCGGGUAUGUGUCGACGAGUAGUUUCUCUCCACGUCGCCAUGAUGCGGUCACGUCUUCGGAUACAGCUGGUCGAUUUGCGUUUUGGCCUGAAGGUUAUUUUACUACUAAUUCCUUUGGCGUUAAAGAAGAAUCGUCGUCGAGCAUAUUGUCCAACGCGACAUCGUACUCGAAGUGCUUCAUGUAA